UGACAAAAAUGUGAGGUCAUCAAAUCGUGACGACGUAAACAUUACUAUCAACACAGGCGCGCCAGACGAAUAGAAUUUCUUCGAAAAAUGGAAGAUCACAUUAAAGAAAUGGAGCAGCUAUCACAUAAAAUGUUCUAUGAAGAUCUAACCCUGGGGUUGGAGUCACGAAAAAGAUUUCUUCAAAUUUUGGUUAAAAUAUCACAAUCAAAUAACCACGAACUUAUACAAAAAGCUGCUGACCAAUUUCCAGUCAAUUCUUUGUACAAUGAACCGCUUUUCAGUGAGGCAGAUGCAACUGCAUUUAGCACCAUAUUAACCAGAGUUAAAAAACACAUUGAAAAGCUACUGCUUUUUAACUGUGGAUUAUAUACACAACAAUUCAGCUCUAUAUCUUCUGCUAUUAUGGGCAUGAAUGAAACGAUUGAUGAAUUCUGUGUCUGUCACAAUGAACUUGACAGCUCAGAUGUUGAUACAAUGUGCCAGAUUCUUCCAAAAAUCAAUAAAAAGCUUUGCAUUGUCAAAUGUUUUGCUGGUAAAAAGGGAUCACGAAAUGCAAAUCAAGAGGAAAGGCUGAAAUUACAACAAGCUUUACAACAAUUGAGAAACAAGGAGUUGAUGAUACAACUUGAUGACUGUGGAAGUGAAUUGAAAAACAACUAAAAAGGGGUGGACCCAUUACCAAGUUAUAUAUAUAGCUUCUAUGUUAAGGUCCUUUUGCCCAUAUAGAAUCAUAUACAAAGACACUUACCAGACAAACUUAGAAAUCAGUAAUGGGUUGUCAACCAUUUAAAAAAUAAAUAGCAUCCACUAACUUAUCUGUUAGGACUACAUGAGCACAAGGUGUAUGAAAUAGGGCACCCAUGUUAUAAAAACUAUCACUGCCCCGCCAUACAAGCAUAAAUAAGUGUCAUUUAUUCAUAAAAGAUCUAUUGCACUUUUUUAUUUUGUAUUUAUGUUUAAAACUUGUUUAUGUUAGUAACCUGCUGCAAUAGAUUUUGUAUAGAGAUUUUUUUUUACAAAAGUGACUUCUUUUAUUAUGAUUUUAUUCAGAAUUGCAUUUCAGUGACCCAAUCUACCUAUUUGUUAUUUUACUAACUCACAUUUUUACUAACUUAUUUUACUAAUUAUUAAUUAUCAUUAAUAUUGCUUUUAGCUCUGCAUUAAAAUGUUCAGUAUUCAUAAUUCAUAUUGCAAUACAUUUGUUGCCACACAAA